GGCUGGUUUUAGGGGGGCAGGUUCGCCUCUGUGGAGCAGGACACGAAAAAAGCAUAAAUGCAUCAAAUUUCCUCGAUUACUAACCUCCAGCGGUCGGUUUCUGCUCUAGAUAAACAUACAUGAUAUCAUAACGGCGAUUCCGGGGUCCAAACACUGCGGUAAGAAUUGAGUCUCUCUCUCGGCUGGGACGAUGCAUAAGCAGCCCAGUAAAGAGUCUCUGAAGGAUAAGCUGAAGGGGGUGUUUGGACUCGGGCCGUCUCGUCUGCCCAGUAAACAGACCGAGAGCAAACCCUCAGAGUUUAUAAUCACCUACGACAUCCUGAAGGAGCUAGCUCCUGAGUGUGGGCUGAGUAACAGGAUCAGGGUCAUCAAUCAUGUGUGUGACCUCGCCAAGGCCAAGAAGUUUGAGGAGCAUGCUGUGGAGGCCUUAUGGAAGGCGGUGGAGGACAUGAUGCAGCCAGAACAACCACCUGAAGCUCGACAUGCUGUGCUACUGCUGCUCAGAGCUAUAGUACAGGGACAGGGGGAGAGGCUGGGUCCAUUGAGAGCGUACUUUUUUAAGAUCAUCUGGGAGUAUCAGCCCUGUAAUGAAGAUUUACCAGAGAGACUCGGGGUGUUCAAGGCUCUCACAGAGAACGGGAAAGAUGUUACGUAUCUGGAAGAUGAGAUAGCUCGGUUUGUGGUGGUGUGGAUGGACACGGGUUUGACUGCAGAUUUUCUCCAAGUCUUGGUCAAUCUGGUCAAAUUUAACUCGUGCUACCUCGACCAGAAUGUGUCUCUGAUGGUCCAGAAGAUCUGCUGGCUCUGUAAUCGGACCACGUCCUCCACAGAUAUCGAGGUGGCUCUACAAGUCUUAGAUGCUGUGGUUUGUUAUAACUGCCUGCCCUCCGACUCUCUGGCCAUCUUCAUAGUCACUCUCUGCAGGACAGUUAACGUUAAGGAGUUCUGCGAGUCCUGCUGGAAGCUGAUGCGGAAGGUUCUGGGCACACACCUGGGCCACAGUGCCAUCUAUACCAUGUGCAGAAUCAUGGAGGAAAGGGCCUAUAUGGAAGAUGCGGCUCUGUUGAGAGGGGCGGUGUUUUUUGUAGGCAUGGCGCUGUGGGGGGCUCACAGACUCCCCGCUCUCAAAAACACACCCACACUGGUGCUGCCCUCUUUCUACAAGGCUAUGAACUGCGCUAACGAGGUGGUUUCCUAUGAGAUCGUCCUGUCAAUCACCCGACUCAUAAAGAAAUACGGUAAAGAGCUUCAGGUGGUCACCUGGGACAUCCUGCUGGCUAUUAUAGAGAGACUCCUGCAGCAGAUACAGACUAUAGGCAGUCCGGAGCUGAAGGCGAUCGUGUUUGAGCUGUUGAGUACAGUGGAGGAGCUUUAUGAGCAGAAUGAUUUUCAUGGAUCUUCUGAGAGGUUCUUCAGCCUGGUGGAGAAAUGCUCGGAUAAACGACCCGACGCGUCAGUACUGACUCUGAUCUCGUACCGGGCUCAGUCUAUUCAGCCUGCUAAAGACGGCUGGAUCCAGAGUCUGCAUCGCCUCAUGGAGAAGUUCUUCAGGAACGAGACGCGCAGCGUGAUCAGAAUUAAAGUUCUGCACAUCCUGUCCUUCGUCCUCAGCACCAACAGACAGCUGUACGAGGAGGAGCUGAUUGAGGUGGUGGUGAUCCCUCAGUUGGGACAGAUAGCGGAGGACAGGGAUCUGUCCGUUCGUAAACAGGCCACUCAGCUGCUGGUGGAUCUGGCUGAGGGCUGCAACACCAAUCACUUCAACAGCCUGCUGGACAUCAUUGAGAAGGUGGCGAGUCGUCCGUUGACUUGCUCUGUGGAUGGAGAGAGAGAUCUAUCAGCUGAGUCUCCGAUGGAGGACGUUAAAACUGCUAUUCUAGGGCUGCUGGAGAUACUGCAGAGUAAGCUGUACAGUCUUCCAGCCAGUCACGCGAGUCGAGUGUACGAGUUACUGAUCAGCCACGUCCAGCUGCACUACAAAAACAAGUACAGCUCCGCCCUUGCCAGCUCCAUCCGCCUGCAGGUGUUUGAUUCCCUGUUAUUGAUGAGAGCUGAUUCGCUGCAUCGGUUGGGAGUGCCCAAUAAAGACGGGGUUCUCAGAUUCAGCCCCUACUGCUACUGUGAUGUUGGCGGUACCGAGAAGAGGGAGGUGGAGAAAAAGCCAGCAGGUACUGUUUCUCCCACUGCCGGAAGCCCUGCCCCUGCAGCCCCGCCCACUUCCAUCCGCACCGCCUACCUGCCCUACAGCCUCGCUUUCAACGUGCUGCUGCAGUGCCUGAAAAUGGAGACGGACUGGAAGGUUCUGAAGCUGGUUCUAGAUAAGAUGCCGUGGACUCUACAGUAUAAAGUCCUGCUGCUCACGUCCCCCUGCAGCGUAGAUCAGCUGUGCUCCACUCUCUGCUCUAUGGUAACGGAUCGUCUGAUAUCUGAGCGGCUGAAGAGAACUCCUGAUGGUUUUUCUCGGACGGAUGUUCAGCUGGCUGUAGUUCCGGUUCUAACAGCCCUCACCUCCUACCACAGCUAUCUAGAACAAUCCAGACAGAGGGAGCUGGUUCAGUGUUUGGAGACGGGGUUGAUCUAUCGCUGUGCUAAGCAGUGUGUGGUGGCUCUCACUAUGUGCACGGUGGAGAUGCCCGACAUCAUGAUCAAACUCCUCCCGGCGCUCAUCGUUAAGCUCACGCACAUCUCCGCCACCGUCACCAUGGCCACGCCCAUGCUGGAGUUCCUGUCCACGCUGGUGCGUUUGCCCCACCUGUACGCUAACUUCGUAGCGGAGCAGUACGUCAGCGUGUUCGCCAUCUCUCUGCCCUACACCAACCCCUCCAAAUUUAAUCAGUAUAUAGUGUCUCUCGCCCAUCAUGUGAUCGCCAUGUGGUUCAUCCGCUGCAGACUGCCCUUCAGGAAAGACUUUGUGCAGUACAUCACCAAGGGUCUUCGCUCCAAUGCUUUGCUUCCGUUUGAUGACUCUCAUGAGCAGAGCAGCUUCAGAGCUCGCAGCACCAGUCUGAACGAGAGACCGAAGAGUCUACGGACUGCAAAAGUGGCCAAACAGAGCCAGAGCGCUAACUCCCCCGUUAAAGAGCUGAAAGAUCUGUCGGCCAUGGACGCCUUCCGCUCCCGAAGCAUCAGCGUUUCCGAGCACGCGGUGCGCAGAAUGCACACCUCCACCACCACUUGUAGUCUAGGCUCGGCCGAUGAGAGCGCUGUGGUCCAGGCUGAUGAUGCGCUGAAGACGGUCCACCUGGAGCUCACUGAAACCUGCCUGGAUAUGAUGGCGCGCUACGUCUUCUCCAACUUCUCUGCCCUGCCUAAAAGGUCACCCAUCGCUGAGUUCCUAUUGGCUGGUGGCCCCAGCAUGACCUGGCUGGUGGGAAACAAAUUGGUUACCAUAACAACCAGCGGUGGCUCACGAACCCAAACCCUACUGGGGCUGGACAUGGUGGAGAGACCCGGAGGAGGAGAGAUGACCCGAUCUGACCCAACCCUGCACCGACAAACCAAAGAAGCUCCGGCCAAACUGGAGUCCCAGUCCACCCAGCAGCUGAACAGAGCCACGCGCAUCAGGGUUCGAUCCAUGUCCGGGGGUCACGCUCUUCGUGCAGGUCCAGCUCAGAGCCUCAGCCCCCUGGUGUCUCCCUCUGAUGGGGAGUUCGGGGGUCCCCUGCCCCCUCCAGGUCCUCCACUGGAGGGACUGAACUGCCCCAGGGCUGCCGAAGAACCGCCCCAGACCAGCUCCUCUGCCCCGCCGCCCAAAGACAAGUCCGGCCUGGCCGAGUUCGUGCCCAUGCUGACUCAGGGCUGGGCUGAGAUCUUCAUACGCAGACCCUCAGGUACCACCAGCUGGCUGAUGUGUUUGGAGAAUCCCCCGAGUCCGUUCUCGUCUGAGUUGGGGAACAUGCCUCUGCAGGAGCUCUCCAGUGUCCUGAUGGCCAUGGAAGGGGUUAAAGAACCUCAGACUGAUCCUGCUGGUGUUCCUUCUGAUGCUCCUCAGAGCCACAGCAAGCCCAGCCUCAUCCAGCGCUCCAACACAGUGGGCUCUCUCUGCUCUCUGUGUCCCGCCGAUCAGCCAGGCAGGUUACAUAGGAGUAUAUCCUGGGCAGACUCAGUGGUUGUGUUAGAGGAAAGUGGGCGGGGCAAAGGACCGGAUUCACCCUCCGAUUCGCCGGAUAUCCAGGAGUUUGAGGCUAUGUCCUCCGAGCCCAUCUUCAUGAGCACCGAAAAGGUCACCAAGACUCCGCCCUCCAUGCUCAGCCGCUCCUCCUCCACCUCCAGUCAGGAUGAUGAGAAGUCCACCCUGGAGGAGGUCAGUGAAGGUGGGAUUCCCAUCGAUCAGCCCCCCCUGACCUUCUCCAGCGGAGCUGUGGACUCGGACCCCCCCUUCCCUCACUCUCAAACCCUCAACAAGUCCAGCUCCUCUCCGGAGCUGCAGACCCUGCCCGAGGCCUACGCUAAAGCUGUAGGAGCCGUGCACGGAGACGCCCCCAGGUCCCGGACCCCGGUGGAGGGGAGGAUCGUGCCCACCCAGGCCUCGGUUGAGAGAGAAGGAGCAGGAGAGUCUGUUGGUCCAGCAGGAGGUCUUGGUUCUGGAGGUCCUCCGAGUGUAAGUGCCACAGCGAGCGUCUCCACCUCCUCCUCUUCUGCUUCUAAGAUGAAGCUGGAGUUCCCGAGCGUCCAGCAGGGGCCGCUAUCUCCGAGUGGGCAUCGCCCCCGCGGGCACACUAUCUCUGUUUCUGCACCCUCGUCACGGAGGGAGAGGAAAUCAGACCGGGACUCUUAUCACAACCGAGGAGGAACGACUAACGCUGAGAAGAGCUCUGGACUGAGCCCCAGUUUUGUGUUUCUACAGCUCUACCAUUCACCCUUCUUCGGCAACGAGGCCAACAAGCCCCUCCUACUGCCUAAAUCUGAGCUGAUUGAUCGGGCUGUUAAAGUGCUGGAUCAGAUGCCGCCGUAUGACACGCAUAAAAUAGGAGUGGUGUUUGUGGGGCCUGGACAGGCGAAUAACGAGGUGGCGAUUCUGUCGAAUGAGUACGGCUCGAACCGUUACGCUCGUUUCCUGACCGGUCUGGGGAAACUGAUCCACCUGAAGGACUGUGAUCCUGACCAGAUCUUCCUGGGUGGACUGGACCACGGGAGAUACGCAGACGAUGGAGAGUUCACCUACUGCUGGCAUGAUGACAUCAUGCAGGCUAUUUUCCACAUCGCCACGCUGAUGCCCAACAGGGAGAGUGAUAAAAGCUGCUGUAAUAAGAAGCGACACAUCGGGAACGACUUUGUUGUGGUGGUUUAUAACGACUCCGGAGAGGAAUACAAACUCGGCACUAUUAAGGGCCAGUUCAACUUUGUGGAGGUGCUGAUAAAGCCGCUGGACUUCGAGAGUAACCUGGUGACUCUGCAGUGCAGGAGAGAUCUGGAGGGGUUGGUGGACACCACAGUAGCCAAAAUCGUCUCUGACCAGAACCUUCCUCUGCUGGUCAGACAGAUGGCACUGCACGCUAAUAUGGCGUCAUUGGUGCACCAGUACCGAGCGAAUCCGUCAGACGCCUACGCUUCUAAAUGGCUGGCCCGACUCAGACACAUCAAGCGGAUCAGAACCCGGGCUCAGGAGGAGAUCCAGUCUCGCCCCACCCCAGGAAUCUCCCUCACCCAGAGCCACGCCUCCAAACCCGCCCACCAGCCCUCAGGCUCCGCCUCCAGUCAGGAUUCCGGUCAGAGGAAGCGCCUGGUUUCCACUGUUGACGAUUUCACUGAUUUCGUUUAAAGUCUCCUAAAUCUCCUCCUUUUUUUCAUCAUCCCUCCAUCAUGAUGGCAGGAUAAGCCAAAUCUGAAUUUCUAAUAAUUAAUAUAAUUAUUAUAAUUAUUUUAAAAAUGAUUAUUCAUGAAUUUUACGCCUCUCCUGAGGAGCGAUCAGUUCAGACAGGCUGAGUCUGAAUGUUUCGGUCAAUUUCGGACUUUCAGAAUCUUUCAAAAUAAAAGUGAGAUUUUAUUUUUAACUCCCCUAAAAGUGCAGAAAUGUACGUGUAAGUGACAUCACACCGUAUCACUUCCACUCGUCUCCUGUAGCACUAAAUCUGAAGUAAACAGACACAGCACACACUCACAGUUCACUCUUCUUCUUCUUCUUCUACACGCUGGUGCUUUUUCUUUCUUUCUCUCUAUUUUUCUGUCUCUUUUUCUCUUUUAGCUUCAUCGUUGCUUGCCAAAAGGAUGUUGUUAACUUUAAAAGUUGUUUUAUUUUUUCUGCAGCACCUUUACAGUGUCUCCUCCGAUCAGCCAUAACAUUAGUACCACCUGCUUAAAUUCUGAUAUUGGUUAUUUUUCUACUUGUUUCAGGACAAUAUAUUUAACCAGGUGAGGCACGGACUCCACAGGACGUCUGAAGAUGUUCUUUGGUAUCUAGAAUAACGUUACAGCUUAGAGCCUAACAUACCAAAAAUAACAUUUUUACACAUUUAGUCCAGUUAGUUUUGGUUCUACACUGCAGUUUAUUCACUUACUACACCCUGUCCUCUUCACCUACAUGGGUGGAGUUUCAGUAUUCUUCACACUGAUGGAUUUAAAGAAGGGCGAUGGACAGAUUUUGGUGUUUCCAGAUGUUUCUCCUCUUGGAAUUCUCUCUUUUGUGUUGUUUGAUGGGUGAUAAUAGCCUGCAUUAGCUUUCUGUAACUGGUUAAUAUAUAAAAAAAAAAGUCGGAACCAUAUUAAAAAAAGUGUUUCCAUUGAUCUAGAUUAAGGGUGAGCUUUUACACCGGGUGGAAAGGUGGGUUAGUGGUCAGUUGUCAGUUGUUUCCGGUUGAGAGUAUGCAGUGAUUGGCUGCUGCUUUUCAGUGUUUAGAAAGGCGCUAAAUACAGCUGAAUCAGUUUCUCUGAUUUUGCUAUUUAUAGGUUUAUGUUUGAGUAAAAUGAAAAUAGUUGUUUUAUUCUAUAAACUACAGACAACAUUUCUCCCAAAUUCCAAAUAAAAAUAUUUUACUCAUUUAGAGCAUUUAUUUACAGAAAAUGAGAAAUGUCUGAAAUAACAAAAAAGAUGCAGAGCUUUCAGACCUCAAAUAAUGCAAAGAUAAGUUCAUAUUCAUAAAGUUGGAAUAUUUGGUGGAAUAACCCUGUUUUUAAUUGCAGUUUUCAUGUAUCUUAGCAUCGUGUUCUCCUCCACCAGUCUUGCACACUACUUUUGGAUAACUUUAUGCCGCAUCCAUCUUCCUCUUGAUUAUAUUCAGAAAGUUUUCAGUUUAGUAAAAUCAAAGAAACUCAUAGUUUUUAAAUGCUCUCUUAUUUUUUUUCCAAAGCUGUAUAAGUGUAACUUCAUUUGUUCAAAGUUGGGACUAUUUAGUUUAGUUGUUAGGUGUAAACCAUGGUAGGGUUCGUCUUCAGUGUGAAACACUUUUUGUAGAUGUUUCAGACGUUCAUAACAAAGGCUGUCAUCGCCCAUUAAACAAUAGAAGAAGAAAAAGAAGAGGUGAUUCUGGUGAGUCUGUAUCUACUGUAACUGUAGAUUAAUCCUUAUUUAUAAACGGAAUUUGUUAUGCACUCGAAGGAUUAAGUCAGAUUUUGGCAGGGAGCAGAAUUCUGCACAGCACUUGGAAAAGAAACUUGCCGAAAGGGCAGUAUUCUACAAACCAAUCAGUGUGAAGCAGAGGGAGACUCCGCCCACAUAAAUGAUGAUGAUGAUGAUGAUGAUGAUGACAGGAACUGCUGUGGGAAACUAAUCAAAACUUUUCAAAUUACUAAAAUACAGAAUAUAAUGUAACAAACACACAUUAAUCGCAUCUGGGUGCUGGGGACUAGAUGCAGUCCAACAGGUGGACGGUUGUACACUCUGCCUGAUUGGCUGUUUAUAUAAAAGUGUAACUUCAUUUGGUCAAAGUUUUUUAGUUUAGUUUUUAGGUGUAAAAUAUGCUAAAGAUGAAAAGAACUGCAGUAACUAACAAAAACUAACCGAAAUACAGAAUAUACAAUAAUUGUAUUGUUACACCUUUUUUUUUUUUCUGACAUUUUUUGUGGUAACAGGUUAGGUGUGAAAGCACAGCAGAUCAUCUCCCACAGCUGACUGUUCACUUGCUGCCUAAUAUUAACAGACGACACUAUAGAUAAAGAUAAUAUUAAAUGUUUUUCACCUCAUCUUUCAGAGUGGUACUAAUGUUAUGGCUGAUUGGUGAAUACGUUAAGAGAGUUUGUGGUAAAUUUGACAUCAGAAAGAGGAGGAAGUGUGUAUGUGUGAUACUCUGUAACCGUGCCAACGAGUGAAUGAUAUAUUUAUAUAUAUAUAUAUAUAAUAUAACGAAGGUUAUUAAUGUUCAGACUGAACCAUAUUAAAUAAAUUAACACGCUUUACAAUCAGCUUCAGUUCACGAGCUGCUCACAACAGAUAGUUCACUAUCAGAUAUAUACCAUCAGUGCGUUCACAUGCGCUUCAUAAUCCGAUUAUUAUCAGAUUCUGCAGUUUUCUGAUUACUCAAGUAAAAACUCAUGUAAAAAGUAUAAUCUGAUUUCUUAGAAGAAAAUCUUGAGACGUUUAACAAGAGCUGGAUUUUAGCUCAAUAAACGAUUCCCUGAUUUCUUAGAUCUGAUUAAGAAAUCUGAAAUCAAAAACAGGAUUUGAGCUCAGUAAUCAGAUUCCUCAUUUUUUGCAAAUCAAAGUUAGGUCUAGACAUCUGAUUAUAAAAUCUCGUAAGAUUGGAUUCAGGUUUAAAAACUUAAAACAAAAUAGAUUAUGGGUCUGAUGAAGAGAGCUAGAUUUGAGUCAGGUCUAAAAAUCAACCAGAUUAAGAAAUCUGAUAUCCAAAAACUAGCUCUGUGAUCAGAUUCCUCCUUUUUUGUAGAUCAGAGUCUGGUCUAAAUAUCUGAUUAUAAAAUCUGAUAAGAUUGGAGUUGUGCUUAAAAAUUUGGAUUAUGGAGUCUGAUAAAGGUUUUAGUCAGGACUAAAAAUCAAUCUGAUUAAGAUAUCUGAUAUCUAAAACUGGACUAACUCAGUAAUCAGAUUCAUCAUUUUUUGCAAAUCAAAAUUAGGUCUUAAAAACUUAAAACAAAUCGGAUUAUUGAGUCUGAUGAAGAGAGCUAGGUUUUAGAUUUGAGUCAGGUCUAAAAAUCAAUUAGAUUAAGAAAUCUGAAUUCAAAAACAUGAUUUGAGCUCAGUAAUCAGAUUCCUCAUUUUUUGUAGAUCAGUCAGGUGUACAAAUCUGAUAAAGAAAGUUGGAUUUUAGCUCUUUAAUCAGAUUCCUAUUUUUUGGUAAAUCAGAGUCGGGUCUAGAAAUCUGAUUAUAAAAUCUGAUAAGAUUGGAGUUGGGUUUAAAAAUCUGAUUGUGGAGUUUAAUAAAGAUAAAGCUAGAUUUUGAAAACUUAAAACUAAAAAAAGCUUGGUUUUAGCCAAUUAAUUAAAUUCCCCAUUUUUGUUUUGAGAUUUGACUUAGAUCCAAUAUCUAAAACUGGACUUUAGCUCAGUAAUUAGAUUCCUCUUUUGUAUAUCAGAGUAAGGCCUAAAAAUCUGAUUAUACACUAUUAAGAUUGGAGUUAGGUUUAAAAACUGAGGUUUAAAAAAUCUGAUUGCAGUCUGAUGAGAGCUAGGUUUUAGCUCAUUGUUAAAUUCCUCUUUUUUGUUAGAUUUGACUCUGGUCUAAAAAUCUGAUUACGAACUUUGACAUCCAGAAACUGGAUUUUAGCUCAGUAAUCAGAUGCAUCAUUUUUUGUAGAUCAGACUCGGGGUCUAAAAAUCUGAUAAAGGGAGGUGGUUUUUAGCUCAGUAAUCAGAUACAUGAUUUAUUAGAUUGGAUUUUUUUUUUAGAUCUGAGUCAGGUCUACAAAUCUGAUUAUGAAAUCUGCUGAAGAAAGCUGGAAUUUAGCUGAAUAAUCAGAUUACUGUUUUCUUAGAUUGGAGUAAGGUUUAAACAUCUGAUUAUGAAAUCCAAAAGAGCGAGCUAGAUUUUAGCUGAAUAAUCAGAUUCCUCAUUUUUUUGUAGAGCAGAGUCAGGUCUAAAAAAAAUUGAUUAUGUAAUCUGAUAAAGGGAGGGGGAUUUGAGCGCAGUAAUCAGAUACAUGAUUUCUUAGAUUGAGUCCAGAUUAUUUGCAAAUCAGUCUCAGGUCUAGAAAUCGGGUUAUAAAAUCUGAUGAGAUCGGAUUGUUAGAAGAAAGUUAGAUCUUUGCUCAAUAAUCAGAUUAAUUAUGUUUUUUUUUUUGUAUAGUUUGGAGUCAUGUCUAAAAAUAUUAGAUCAAAGUGAUCAAGAAAGCUGGAUUUUAGCUCAGUAAUCAGAUUUAUGAUUUUUUUUUUGUUUGUUUGUUUUAACACAGCGAGAGCAGAUUAGAUCUGAUUUAGAUCUGAUCCAGGGUUGCGAUUCUGAGCGUAACUGAGGUAAAUUAGGCUUAUUUUAGGAUCAGCUUUUUCACAGGGAGCUAAAUCUGAGCUCUGCUCUCUGAAACUCAGCAUUAAUGAUCUAUAAUGCAGAUAUUUAUUAUAUUAUUUGGUCAUCCAUCAGAAACCAGUGUGAGUGAGUGAUUUUUAUUUAAUUUUUUUGUGUGUAAUUAUUGAUUUACUGUUUGAAAGAUGAACUGAAGUGGAGCCGGAGCGAAUAAACACUAAAUCCUUUGUAAGACGAGAUGCUGUUUUUGCUUGUUGGUGAUGAAUAAAAUAUUUCAACAGCGAGAAA